GAAGGUAACCAGAUAGCAGCUCCCUAACACAAGCACACAAUAAGCUAUACUCUCAAACUGUGAGGACGUGCUGUGAGUGUGCUCUGUGGAAGUGUGUAUCCCCAGGCCCUUGCGGGUCUGGGGAGGAUAGUUUUCAUUUUUUGGAGUGAUUCCCCCCUCCCCCCUUUCUUUAAUUUCACCCGUGCUUAUUUUUUGGACUUUUUGAUUUUUUUUUUUCACUUAAAAAACCUUGGGAAGUCUGCUAUCUUCCCUCAAGGUGAGAAAAAAACCAGAGACACCCCCUGGGAACAUGCAGCGUUCCAGGCUGGGAAGUAGAAGGAGGUCUGCAGAGAGUAAUGUAGCAGUACCUGGAGACCGGACAAAAAGGGCAGCAAAAGGGAAGGCUCUGAAAGUUGCUUUGGACGAAAGUGGUCUCUCAGCUGGAGAGACUGAAACUGGUGCUGGCAGCCAUCCAGAGAAGGAUCCGAAUGCAGGAGCUGCUGUGGGAAGCCAUAGCAAUUCUGCAGAGGAGACGAAUGCGGAAAUGACCGAAGUCUCGGGGAAAGCACCGCGAGAGUUCGAGUCAUCUGGCAGAAUGGAGGAAGCAGCCAGCACAAUUGCACACAGAGUGGCAGAGAGCGCCCUGCAAGAGCCAAGGUCUCGUCUGAUCUCAGAAACAUCAAUUACAGACACCAGACAGGGGUGCAGAGAAAAGAGGGACUUUCCAGUACAAAUGAGGGACUGCAGGUUGAGCUGUCAAAAGAGGGACUGUCCCUCCGAAAAAGGGACAGUUGGGAGGUCAAAAACUGCAGUACACAACCACAAUUCUCCACAAAUCUGCAUACUUCAGAUAUCAAGGACAAAAAUUCCACUAACAACAAGUUUAACCCAGCAAACCAUACAGUGCAGCUGCUCCUCUCUGACUACUCUGGUUGUCGAAGAGAUAAGGAGAGAGGCGGUGGGGCUUCACACUUCAACAACAAGUGAAAUGAGCUGGAGAUUUCAACUGAUAAUGCAGACACCACAGCAGGCUGAAUGCUGGGACUGAUCUAGGACAUCUGGUUAUAAAUGAUAAAGGCUUCUAAUCAAACGUCAGAACAGCAGAGAGAAAUAUUGGAAGAUCAAGGGACACAUUCUGGAAGAAACAGACGUUCUCUCUAAGAUUCUGGAGCAUACACUUGUAUUUACUCCUAAUGAAAGUAUGUUGCAGCUCUUUUAUUUCUGUUUACAUCAACUGGAAAAUUUGUUAUGGUUACAUUAUGAAAUCAGUGUUCUUUUAGUAGUGUUAUGCAUCUGUUUUCUUUCCGUUUUUUCAUAGCUCCUUUUUUCAGCUUUUGGAUAAUGUAUGUGAAGAUUUUUUUUUAAACAGUUGAUAUUCUUAAACAGACUGAUCAAGGGAAGCAAUUAUACAAAUAUAUUGGCUAUUUUUACUUAAAUGUAUUUUUUCAAACCAAUGACUGGUGUCUUCAUUUGCAAUGAGUAACAUAACCCUAAAUACACUGAUAUAAAUUUAGAUCACUCUAAGUUGUUUGAGAGCUACUGUCCAUUCCAAAAAGCUCCUUGACCGUACUUUAAUGUGAUGUUUUAUUUUUGUGUGUAUCUGUAGAAAUAAGUCAAGUCAACUGGACUUACUGUGUUUUUUCCCUUAAAGACGUUUCACCAGUCAUCCAACUGGCUUUCUCAAUUCAGAAUAACUUGUAAAUAGGAUCUUUCUUCUGCAAUAUAAACUUCUGGAAUGUUGCUCCAAUCAGCAUAAACCUCUUCCGGGCCCAGAAGAGGGUAGUUACAUUACUGCCCUUGAAUUUAAUUUAAGUUGUCAGAUUCAGCUGGUUGAAUUAGUGACAUACAUUUGUGAUCAAAAUGAAUAAAGUUUGUGAUGAACGUG